CAGGCUAAGCUAAAGUACUAAACUAGUAGUAUUGAUUAUUGCGAGUAUCAGCUACCCAUCUGAUAGGCAAUUGAGCUGGUCCUCCCAGGAGCUGGCAUCGCCAUCACUGACACCGUAGAAUCCUGAAUGACACGAUUCCAGUUUCCAGCCAAGUUUAUAUAUACACAUCAAAUUCCCAUUGCGACCCGCCGCACUGCUUCGUGUGAUCGUGUCAUCCUAACACGACCUCCCUGCUCAACUCACACCGAUGUACUCCUGCGAGCAAGACCACACGCCUGCUCGUACCACGUUCAACGCGAGCUACCAGCCGUGUGCCACGGGCCCCUCGCUCCAGCUCUCCGCGCAUCAGCCCGGCCAAGUACUCCCGGCGGCAGACGGAUCCGCGGCCAGCGUGCAGCCACGGCGCGCCAAGAAGAAGCACGCGGCGCGGCCGUCAUCGCGCCGCUCGUCAACCACCGUUGUGGCAACCGACGUUGCCAACUUCCGGACCAUGGUACAAGAGCUCACAGGCUUCCCAGCUGCCGCCAUCUUCCGGCCGCUGCCGCGCAGGGUGCACGCGGCCAACCCCUUUGCCGUCGCCGCGGGACAAGGGUGUAGCGGUGAACGGCAUGGACACAGUUCGGAGGCGACCAAUAGUACUACCGGCGGCUACAACAGCCCUGACGCGCCGGCCGUGCAGCCUGUGAUGGCGCAGCCGCCGCAGUGCGCGCCGGCGAGCGUGUUUGACGGGCUGUCGGACCUCGGGUCGCCGGAGUUCGACCCGUGGGCCGAUUUGUCCAUUGAAUGAGUACUUAUCAGCCAGAUUAAUGCAAUCAGAGCAUGGUAACUGGCUUGGUAAUUUCGUUCUGUUCAUGUUUAUGUGCAUGUAUAGGCAGCUAAACGAUGGAAGUUGUGUUUAUUGUUUUAACAAAAUAUGCACUCAUGCUCGUGUAAUAUCAAAUAUAUUAACUUGAUUUUCAUAAAUGUUCUACCGCCUCUUAGAACCACCGUGUCAGUGUUUAUUCCUUUUCUUUUUUACCUUUUUUUCUCAGGUUGCCAGCUCCCCGUGAUCUCUUGAUGCAAACCUGCAAGUGCCAUGUAAGAGACGUAUCUCGCAAGUAACAGGUUGCACUGUAGUAAGUCUUGGUCAUGAGUCAUGAAACUUGACAAGUUUGGUUGAAAAUGAAAAGCACCACUCAAGUUUUUCGU